GGGGAGCGGAGCGGCCGGGGCUGCUGGCGGUUGGACACCAUCAGGAGGGGGCCCUCGCUGAACGGCCCGGGCGCUGCGGGGCUCGCGGCGGGUGCGGGAGCGUGCGGCGCACCGGACCCUGGAGUUAGCCAAGCGCCCGCGAAAGGCGGGUGUGCGAAGCGGGAGCCGCGGAGGCGCGAUGCACCGGGAAGUACGAGCCGCGCUGCCUCGCGGGACCCGGGAGCCGGCAGCCCGCGGGGGGCUGGCCACGCACUAAAGGACGCGGCCGGGGGCUUCCCCUGCGCACACGCCGGACCGGCAGCUUUGGCGGCGGCGGGAUCGCCUCGCACCUCCAGGCGCCCCGGGGAAGGAACGGGGCGCGCGUGACGAACCCCCCUGCACCCGGGACCCCUCGGAGCUCGCCCGGGGGCUGCAGCCGGGCGAGGCGGAUCCGGGCUUGCAGACCCGCUCCCCGGCGGCGCUGUCGGGGCAGGGGUCGCUGAGGGAGGAGCUGCCCGAAGGGGAGGCGGCGGCGGGGAGCCGGGCACCGAGAGGCGGGAGGAGGAGCAGGAGGCGGCGGCCGGGCAGCCUGACAGCGCGGGGAAGUUGUCCGAGGGAGAUCACACGGCGCGGCCCGCCCCAGAUGGCACUGGGCAGAGGCGAGCGGAGGAGGCGGCGGCGCUAGCGGAGUCCCCCGGGCUGGAGAGAGCCGGAGCCGGCGAGCCAACGGGCGAACACCAGGGGGGUCAGAGCGCCGCACGGAGCAGCCCCCGCGCGCCCCGGGGCUCCCUGGCCGAGCGGUCCCCUCGCUCCAUGGCCCCCGGCCGGAGGGAUGAGCCCCAGCGGGCGUGAAGGGGGCAGAGAGACGAUGAGAAACCCGGCGAGAGCGGGGGGUCAGCCCGGGCAGCCAGCGGGCAGGAGGUGAAGAGCGCCCGGGGGGACGGCGGCCGGUGCCGCCACCGCCACACACCCACGCACCCGCGCAGCGCCGCGCCCGCCGCUUCCCUUCCCCUCUCCCGGCUGGCGAAGAGCGGCGGGGCCAGCGGCGGCCGGACUGCGCCGGGGCAGCGCGCACAAGGGGCGCAGAGACUGAGGACCGCGCUCCCCGGGGAGGAGAGCGCCCGGCGCGGGCGCAGCGAAGCUCAGCGCGCCCGGGAGAGGGGAGCGCCCGGCCCCCGCAGGAAGCCUCGGGCAGGUGCCCGGGGCAUGGGACCAAGGGCGCGGCCCCCUGUCGGCCCCCCCGCUUCGGCCCGCGCGCCCCGCAGCCCGCUUGGAUUAACUCCCUUUGGGUUUUGCUAGAAAGCCGAGCAGCGCAUCCGCCGCCUCUGGAUCCCGGCUGUCUCCGGGCGUGUGAAAUUACCUCACGGCUCCUUCCCGACCUCCGGCCAGUAGCGCAGAGAAGAAGAAGGCAGCCACAAUGCCUGACUCGCCGGCCGACGUGAAGACUCAGUCCAGAUCGACACCCCCCAACAUGCCUCCUCCGCCACCAGCCGUCACGCAGGGAGCCACGCGGCACCCCUCCUUCACGCCAAACACCAAUCAAGAAGCUGGGCCUCCGACGUUUCUGCCUCGCGGCCGUUUUCAUGGUUGCUUGAAAUGGUCGAUGGUCUGUCUUUUAAUGAAUGGAAGCAGCCACUCCCCCACCGCUAUCAAUGGAGCUCCCUCCACCCCCAACGGGUUCAGCAACGGGCCUGCCACCUCCUCCACUGCCUCCCUGUCCACCCAUCAGCUCCCUCCCGCCUGUGGCGCCCGGCAGCUCAGCAAACUCAAGCGCUUCUUGACCACCCUGCAGCAGUUUGGGAACGACAUCUCCCCGGAGAUCGGGGAGCGGGUGCGCACGCUGGUGCUGGGGCUUGUGAACUCCACGCUGACCAUCGAAGAGUUCCACGCCAAGCUCCAGGAGGCAACUAACUUCCCACUGCGCCCCUUCGUCAUCCCCUUCUUGAAGGCCAACCUGCCCUUGCUGCAGCGCGAGCUGCUCCACUGCGCCCGCAUGGCCAAGCAGACCCCAGCCCAGUACCUGGCCCAGCACGAACAGCUGCUGCUCGAUGCCAACGCCUCGUCCCCCAUCGACUCCUCUGAGCUGCUCCUGGAGGUCACCGAGACUGGCAAGAGGAGGACACCAGACAGGACCAAAGAGAACGGCUUGGACCGAGACCCUCUGCACCCCGAACACCUCAGCAAACGGCCGUGCACCAUGAGCCCCGCUCAGCGGUACAGCCCCAGCAACGGGCUGAGCCACCAGCCCAACGGGCUGCCCCACCCCACCCCGCCACCACCACCGCCACCGCACUACCGCCUGGAGGACAUGGCCAUGGCACACCACUACCGGGACAGCUACCGGCACCCCGACCCCAGGGAGCUCCGGGAGCGCCACCGGCCAGUGGCCGUGCACGGCUCCCGCCAGGAGGAAGUGAUCGACCACAGACUAACAGACAGGGAGUGGGCUGAGGAGUGGAAACACCUCAACAACCUGCUGAACUGCAUCAUGGACAUGGUGGAGAAGACGCGGCGCUCCCUCACCGUGCUGCGCCGCUGCCAGGAGGCCGACCGCGAGGAGCUCAACCACUGGAUCCGCCGCUACAGCGAUGCUGAAGACAUGAAGAAAGGCACCAACCCCCCACCCCGCCCCCACAACAGCUCCUCCAACUCCGAGGCCCCCCCAUUAGACACUCACCGGGAGUUUGUGCCCAGGCCCCUCUCUGGUUACAUGCCUGAGGAAAUCUGGAGGAAAGCUGAAGAAGCUGUGAACGAGGUGAAGCGCCAGGCCAUGUCCGAGCUCCAGAAGGCGGUGUCGGACGCGGAGCGCAAAGCCCACGAGCUGAUCACUACCGAGCGAGCCAAGAUGGAGAGGGCCCUGGCGGAGGCCAAGCGCCAGGCUUCCGAGGACGCGCUGACGGUGAUCAAUCAGCAGGAGGACUCGAGUGAGAGCUGCUGGAACUGCGGGCGCAAGGCCAGCGAGACCUGCAGCGGAUGCAACACAGCCCGCUACUGCGGCUCCUUCUGCCAGCACAAGGAUUGGGAGAAGCACCACCACGUCUGUGGGCAGACUCUGCAGGGCCUCCAGGCCUCCGCCGGCACAGCCCCUUCCUCCGGGGUGGGCUUAGGGGUGGGCUCAGCUCAACCGGAUGUGGUGGCUGUCGGCGCCUCCAUCACCAGCGUGGCCACCAUGGCUGCCAGCCCCAGCGAAACCGGCUCAGCUGCUGCGUCGCGCUCCGGCACGCCGGCCACCCCAGCUCCUCUGGAAACGGCGUCACGCUAACCGACCGACCGACCGGCCAGCCAACAGAGGGGAAAGAAACAGAGAAACCUACAGAACGUCACUGCUGCUACUGCUUCUCUCCAAAAGAAAAACUAACUGCAUUCAAUGCAACUUCCUCAGCUACCUGACUCUUCUGUGACCUCCAAAUGACCUCUCGAUCUCGCAUAUGUAAUCCUCACGGAUCCUCAAACUGGGCUUUAAGUGGAGUUAAGGCAAAUACCAAUCUUCUCUGUUCUCACUUCGGUUUUCUAUGAUUUGGGGAGUUAUCGUCGUCGUCGGUUUGUUUGUUUUCUUCUUUUCGGACAAGGAAUUUGUCCACAAACUCUACGCACCUUGACUCGGGGAAAGGAAACCCACCAGUCUCUGUCCCACUGGAGAUGUGCGUGUGUGUGUGAAAUCUCCAUCCCGGUGCGGCCGGGGGACGGCAUGAUGAAGGAUUGCGAUUUUAGAAGGCAAGAAACUUCUUCUCUUUUUCUUUUCUUUUUUUUUUUGUAAAAAAAAAUAAAAUAAAAUAAAAAAUAAAAACGUCAAACUCUUUGGCUUUAAGUAAAAAAAAAAUCCAAAAAACAAACAAAAGAAAGUAAAACCAAGUAAAGGAAGCUUACCUGUAAACUACCUUGCUAGCUAGCCAAGAACAUACCAGACUCACCUCUGCUCCAAAGGAAAUCCAAAAACAAACAAACAAAAAAAUCCAAACUUUUUUUCCACUGCCAAAGUUUUUUUGGUUCUCUUGUUGGUUAUUUUUACUUUUUCGGUUGAUGGUUUUGGUUUGUUUUUUGUGAAACAAGGAGCAGCACUUAUCCCUUUCAACCAAACCACGACGACUGGCCAAAGGCAAGCCGGCGCUCUUGGACUCCUUGCAUUCUUUGGUGGGGUGGGGUGGGUUCUUGCGCUGGACUCUCAGCAUCCACACGUACCUGGAAGGAGGAAGGACGCGCAUCUGUGGAUUUAAAGAAUUUUAUUAAAAUAAAGCAAAAACAAACAAAAAAAGAUACACAACUUUUGUGCGUGCGUGUGUGUGUGUGUGUGUGUGUGACGGGGAGCCAGCAUUGUGUGCUCCCUCCCUCUGUGGAUUAUAAACGUGUUUCAUUUGCCUAGGAGAGCGUGCUAAUGAACAAGAACCUUCAGAUCCCGGUCCUGUUCCAGAGAGAGCAUCGUUUCAAACAGAACUGUGACAAUCUGUCGUUGAUUCUCCACUGCUCGUCAGAGUGUGAGCAGAAAGCAAUUGCACCAGUACCUUCUGCUUCUUGUACUCCUCCACUACCUCUCUCUGCUCUCCAGAACCCCACCUCUAGCUCCAGUAUCUCGUGACUGCCGUCCUUACUCCUUCAACCUUUCACAGGAAAAAAAAAGACACCUUUUGUUUUUCCCCUUCUGAAGACUCUUUCGACUGCCUGUAGAUAGACCCCCUUGCUUUUGUGUCUACUUGUUCUCCAGAUGUUUUCUCCAGUCCUGUGAUGAACAUUGUCAUUGGCUUAUUUUAUUUCGCUUUCUCUUUUUCUUUUCCCACCCCGCGUCCCCUCUUAUGAUUUUGCAACAGUUUCUAGGAGGAAAGAAAGGAAACAAACAAACACUUGUUCUUAGAGAAGGAAAAAAAGACAAUGUAGAUUAUUUUGCAUUUCUUGCAUCGUGUAUAACGCACAGAGGACGGGAGUGCAAUAUGGAAAGUGACAUGGCUGCAGAAAGGGAGAAAGCUGGAGACUGCGCAGCCACGGUCAGGGCAAAUAUUGUACGUUAAUGUGAAUGUAUAUAGUAUUUGAAGAGGUCCAAAAAAUAAUAAUAAUAAUGAUAAUAAUAAAAGAAGAGACAUUUGCCAAAUAAAAAAAAAUGAAGGUAAACCACUGAAGUAUGUAAAGUUUAGGAAAUAGGUUUUAAAAAAAAGCAAAAUCCACAUGCUCAGUAGGAGCAUUAGUUUUCCGGAGUUGCAAAAUCCAUCACGUGUGUUUUUAAAAAAAUAGAGAUUUCAGAUAAAAAGUUCCCAGACACUAGUCAUUGCAAAGGGAGGUUUGGCUGAGGGCGAUUGACUCAGAACCCUAAGGUGGCUGUGUUUGGACGUUUUCCUCUCCCCCGCAACCCACCCCCGAACCUCUCCCUUGUUUCUACCGUUUUCAGAAGCACUGUGUGGUUCUUUAGAACAUCGAUUCAGGUUUUGGAACAACAAGGAGUCCUUUGUUUAGCACAAUGGAUCCAUGCAGGGCUAGGCGGCAUUGUUCGGUCUCACUGCGGUUGGGUCUGCUUCGCCCUUUCUUUUCUAGUUGUGAGCCCUGGAUCUGUUAGCUGCAUCGCAUCCAAUGUGAGUCCUCCCCGUUCAGUUGCACCCCACUCAAGCUGCCUCCUGGUUGCUGUGAAGUUGUAAAGACCAUGUUGUGUCUCUCCUCAGAAGUGUGGCGUGUUCCCUGGAGAGGUUUGGGGUUGUGGCUGUUGGCGCCGUUUGGCCAUGUUGUCCUGGCUCUGGGACGGGUUGUCCUGGAGAAGGGCGUGGAGGGCUGUUUGACGUGUACUUUCACUGCCUCUGAGGGAUGGCUGUAGACGGUGCCGUGUGGUUCUCUGCAGCUGGUGCCGGCUUGUCCUAGGAUUCUAGGAUUUCAAAGCAAGACAGACUCAGGCAGGAAGUGGGGAUUGAGGGAAGUUGUUAGUGGGAUGCUGCAGUCCUUGCGCCCUGCUGUCCCCUCCCCCGGCUCAGCUCUCUGCCACAAUGGGGGUAUCAAAUCUUAAGAACCAGGAGUGGAUCCCAUCCUAUUGAAGGCAGCCAGAGUUUUGCUGUUGGCUUCGAGCAGGAUGAAGUCACAGUUCUUACAUCCAAAGUUUGCAGGCUUUGAACACCUGGCAGUUCCUAACUCAGCGAACCCGGCAGCAUUUGAACCCGGCCAGGAGCCAACAAGCGCCAGAAGCACCCCCAUUCUGUAGCCCUCCUCUCCCCCGCCAUGCCUACAUGGUAACAUGUCCUCACAUGACAAUCUGGACACCUUACGCUGUUGGAAGCUUACAUUCCUGGGGAACUGUGGAAGACUUUCCUUAACUUCCUCCAACCCCAUGGCAGCCUGGUCUUUCUAAAGCAGGCCUGGAUUCCUGGCUAGUGAGAAUCUCCACAUGAGCCCUCACCCCCGAGAGACAGUUCCUCUAAAGUCCCAACUGCUGCUCUGCAGAGGAAGGUCACAUCCUUGGUGAGGGAUGGAGGGAGGGACACAGUAAGAGACAAAGCAGCCUGUAAAUACCUGUGAGUGCAGAACUUCCUCCCCUGGAACUGAUUUGCUGUUUGACGCAGGCAGGUCUCGGCAGCAGUGCCGCUGAACCCAUCUCUCUGCAUUACUGAAGGUCUCCCUAGGACCUGUAUUGAGUCUUGAAGCCCAAGGUGAAGCUGUGCAGAGACUGGUCCCUCUGCGGAAGCCGUGUGCUGCAAAGCAGCCAGGGCUGCCCUAACUAGCUGGGCUGGAGCCACUGCUGGAGUCUGUUUACCAACCAUUUGACAGCAGCUUGCAGUGAAUCCAGCCAAAGACCUUUUAAUGGGCCAAACCUGAGAAUUCGGAGCUUCUGUUUGUUUCCUUCCGCAGCCUCAUUCCUCCAGCGUUAGGCUCUGACCCUGGGUUUCUGACAUGCAGCACUCACCCUAAGAACGAUUGUUGCGUUUAUUUAUCAAGUGAUAUAUGUAUAUUGUCUAUUUUUCAUGAAAAGAGGUAAUAUAUAAGAGUUUUCAGAUGUAAUUAACCGCACGGUUCGUCCUGCCAUUCUUAGUGUUUGUUAUUUUUCUAAACCUCCUCUUGUGCUUGAAUUUCGGCCGCUCUCUGUCCCAUCCGUCUCACAUCUGCUCAGCAUCCGGACCCUGCCGCUCUACCUCCAACUUGCUUAAAAACCAUAGAUGACAAUUGUAUAGAAAGGAAAUAACCCCGUUUAAAAAGAACUCCACAAGCUUGUCUUCAAACCAAAGGCUCUGGGAGGGGAGAGGUGAUCGUGAGGGGAGCUCUUGCAGAAGGCAAAACCGGAAAGCUUUAAAAUAGAGUAUUUCAGUGGCCAAAAAACCAACGGGAGCAUGCAGCUUCCCAGACAGUAACGCCCGUGGGCAAGAAAAGCAGGCGGCAGCAAUAGAGAAAACCACACACUGGCUCCUAGGAGUAGGGCUAGAGGAUGCAUGCGGCUCCAGGCUCUUUCGUUGUGGGUCACCUCACCCUCCUGUGUCCUGCUAAUCCCUGAUUCUCUCCUCUCUCCGUUGCCUGGGAAUGUUCUUCCCAGUGGAACAUACAACAGCUGGGAGAGUUAACACCAUCCUCAGCCAUGGCCGUGUCAGCAGGUUUUAAAUCACUGGGGCAAAGCAGCACGGUUAGAUUGUGUAGUGUGUGUGGUGUGUACGCCUUGCAGUGGGCCAGAUUCUGCGCUCAGUGACUUACCUGCAGGCGCUUUGUCUCCAUGGGGUUUGCAGGGAUGUCACUAAGAGCAGAAUUUGGCCUGCUCCACGGCGUAUCCACCUGCCUCAUGGUUACGGUGUAGGCCCAGAUUGUGUAGGAAAAGGAACUUAUCCUAGGCCAGAAAUCCAGGAAUGCUGACUUUCCUGGGCACAGGAGCAGUCCCCGUGCGUGUUACUGGGGGGGCGGGUAACGGGGGCAAUUGGGAUAUUGCUCUCUCCUGGGUGGUGGCUCUUUGGGCAUCUUUUUGUGAAGUCACUGGAGAUGAUCAGAAAAGGAAGGGCCAAUGUUUCGCCCCUCCUGCAGCCCGUGCCAGGAGAUAUUUAAGCCGUGUCCACAUGGCAGCUCUGCCUGGACAGCAGCAGGAGUGUGGGAGGGAGGGCGCCUGCUGCUUUCCUUCCAGCGGCCCUGGGGCAGAGAGGAGAAAAACAGGGGAUGAGCCCAACCCCAGGCAGGGGCAACGGAUGGUUUUGUGGCUAAAGAAGUGGUGAGGUCAGAACAACCCCAGGUAGCUCAGCACAAAGGCAUCUGGGAUCUGGGACAGCCCAAAGGGCACCAUCUCGGGUGGCACCUUGUGUCCUCCAAUCCCACUGACGUCACUGGGCAUGUGGCUCUCUGCAGGAUUGGCUCGUCGUUAGCAAUAAAUGUGUGUCUCGGCCCAGCAUGGUCACGUUCCUGUUCCCAUGGGGCGGAGGGAAGCGGGCGCGUUUUGCAGGUCAUUCCUGAGGAUGCCAGGUUCUUUCUCAGUGCUGGAGCCCCAGCCCUGCGCUGCACGUAGGAUCAGAGAGCUUAGAGCAUGUGCCCGAGGGGCGGAGCCGUUUAUUGACACAGAGACAGCGAGAUGGGGGUUUUGUUUGGCUUUAAGCGUGACUCACCAUGGACCCAUUUCCAUGGGGGGCUCUUUAACUUGGGCCCAUCCCUCAAGUUUCCAAAUUGAAAUCCAAGCAGAAACCAAAGCAGCUCCCGUCUGCCCUGCUCCAGCCGGGCAGAGCCGCACCCCAGGGACCUCAUGCCGGUGCGGCUCUAGCACGCGAGUGCCGGACGCAGCCGUUGGAUUGCCUGGCCAGAGUUUACUGGUGAUCCUAGACAUUAGAGUUGUAAGAACUCCCUUAGGAUCUGUUCAGAUCAUUCUGGGGUCCAGGCAAGACUGUUCCAUAUGGUACAUUUACUAGGGCUUUGCUUAGUCCUGUGACGGGGUUUUGUUCCCUGGUCUGCCACGUCUCACUGCCAGGUUUUCCGGAGAGUCUAUAUUCUCCCUUUCUUAAUAGCAUCCCAUUGCUGCUAGUUCCACUCUCUUCUUGCAGCCAACGUGAUCACACUCUUGGUGCUUUACCCCCUAUCAAAUACAUGUGGAGUAGGACUCGAAUCGUAUCCCUCCUUCCUUCCUCAUUGCUCAGCUCUUCUCAGCUCCCCUCCAGCCCCACCAAUCCGUCUUGCUCUUCUCUGACGUUCCGGCAGCAAGGUCCUGCCCAGGCACAAUCUUCCUAGUGGGAGUCAGGCUGCGCUAGCAGCCGUAUCUCCGGGACAGGGGAACGUGGGACGGGCACGGCUGGGUGAACAGUGAAGCACCAAGGGUGCAUCUCCCCGGGAGGCAGGUGUUGGGAGCACUUCUCAGGGUGCACCUGUGAUGUGCGCCAAUGGUUCUUGAAUGCCAAUUGGUUGCGUCUUAUGGCUUAGAUACCCCCAGCCCAUGCUUACGCUACUUGGAGGCAGUUAGAGCACAGGGGAGUCAGUCUCCCUGAGACUGCCGGCAGCAUCCUUCCGGUUACACGCUUACCAGCAAACACAGGCAGAAAUUACCGGGGUGCGAUCUAUUCUGUAGGAGCAAAACAGAGCCAGUGCUGCUGGUGCAACUGGUUCGCUCCUGGCCAUUGCCCCAUGUGAACUCACCAUACACUCCCUGUACGCGUACACACCCACCUCCCCCCACCACACACACACACACAUUGUGCUCUGGUCUCUUCCUCUUACGAUCCUCUUUAUGGGCAUCCCCACUCAAUUUUGUGGCCUUUGUGCUGGGGGUGGGGCGGUUGCCUGAGGUGGGUGGGGAUUUUGGCCGGGCUCAGUUUAAUUCAUGUGUAUGCUAGUUACAGCAAUGAAUGGGAGGAGAAGGAGUUUCCUGGGCUGCAAUCCCCACCCCCUGGUAGGAGGGACCCUGCUUCCCAUCUCUGUGCCCUGGUGGUUUUAUGUAAGGCAGAUCUGAGGGAGCCGGAGGGUGUUUUUGUUUCUUGUAACAAGCCCAUCUCUUGGCUUGUCAAUUGCUUUGGAGAACAGCAGCAGGACACCCCUGCUUAGGGUGUCAAAAAAACAGACGUAAACUCAGCCCAGGGAAAAUAAAUAGAGUAAACCCAGGUUCUCAGACUUUCUGCUAAGCCUCUUCAGAGCGGCAGUUUCUGGGAUCCCGUCCAGAUCUGGCGGCUGAGCCUCUGAAAGGUGGCUCUGCAGCAGCAAUCCAGGAGAAUUUGCUCUGAUUCCUCACCAGAAACAAACAAACAAAAAAACCACCAGGUGCUCCCAGAAUUUCCCCCUUCCUCACACAUUUCCUUGUCCCUAGCUCGGGGGUGACCCAGCCAGCCAACCGCCUGCAAUUCAGGAGAGCCCAAACUGCUCAGCCCACCUGAGUGGAACUUUGCUAAGCCCCAGGGAUGGAUGUGACCCACCCCAGUUCUGCUCCUGCUCCCCCAUCUCUGAAGCGACUCUGCCGAAAGUCUCGAAAGCCGCUGACAUGCCCUGUCAGAACCCAAUAACCUGCUCCUGCCAGGGCCAUGGGCGUGCCAGUGUCAGGGGGCUGGGAGGCGAGUGACUCGUCAAACUGUGCAAUACUUGAAUGAAAGGGGGUGGGGGAGGCAUGGCUUGUAUAGACUGGUGGGCGUGUGUGGAAAAAGAGUUUAAGGAGGGGAGAAAACAGAAAUCACCCCCCACCUGACCCUGCUCCCUGCUGUUUGUGGGUUUCCGUGGCCAUUCCAGAGAAAUGACGACAUGAUGGGAGUUUUUUUGGCAUGCUGCCCCUCCCCCGCGGUUCCCUGCUUUCUCUAACUGUACUGUAUGUUUGACCUGUGAAAGAUGUAAACAUUAUGAUUCAGGUUAUGUCUGUUCUUAACUCUGUAUCCGUGUAAUA